AUUCUUCAGAGGAUACCCCUCCCCCCACCCAGAACUUCAUCAUUCCGAAAAAGGAGAUCCAUACAGUUCCGGACAUGGGCAAAUGGAAGCGCUCUCAGGCCUACGCUGACUACAUCGGCUUCAUCCUCACUCUCAAUGAAGGCGUGAAGGGGAAGAAGCUGACCUUCGAGUACAAAGUCUCUGAGGCCAUUGAGAAACUGGUCACUCUUCUCAACACGCUGGACAGGUGGAUUGACGAGACGCCUCCAGCGGACCAGCCCUCUCGCUUUGGGAACAAAGCCUAUAGGACCUGGUAUGCCAAACUCGACCAGGAAGCCGAGGGCUUGGUGGCCACAGUGGUGCCCGCCCACCUGGCGGCUGCCGUGCCCGAGGUGGCGGUCUACCUGAAGGAGUCGGUGGGGAACUCCACGCGCAUCGACUACGGCACAGGACAUGAAGCAGCCUUUGCUGCUUUCCUCUGUUGUCUCUGCAAGAUUGGGGUGCUCCGGGUGGAUGACCAAAUAGCUAUAGUCUUCAAGGUGUUCAACCGGUACCUGGAGGUCAUGCGGAAACUCCAGAAAACAUACAGGAUGGAGCCAGCCGGCAGCCAGGGCGUGUGGGGCCUGGAUGACUUCCAGUUUCUGCCCUUCAUCUGGGGCAGCUCGCAGCUGAUAGACCAUCCGCAUCUGGAGCCCAGACACUUCGUGGACGAGAAGGCCGUGAAUGAGAACCACAAGGACUACAUGUUUCUGGAGUGCAUCCUGUUCAUCACGGAGAUGAAGACGGGCCCCUUUGCCGAGCACUCCAACCAGCUGUGGAACAUCAGCGCCGUCCCGUCCUGGUCCAAAGUCAACCAGGGUCUCAUCCGCAUGUACAAGGCUGAGUGCCUGGAGAAGUUCCCAGUGAUCCAGCACUUCAAGUUCGGCAGCCUGCUGCCCAUCCACCCUGUCACCGCGUGCUAGGCCUGAGCAGCCAGCGCCCUCUGGCCCGGCCAUCCUCGCUCCGGCCCGCCUCGCCCCUCCCUCUGUUCUUUAUGUUUGAUGAGAAGCUGUUUACUGGGGUGGGUGGUGAGCUUGGGGUGGGAGGCUGGGGCAUAAGGCUGAGGGACCCAAAGUGGGGAGCAGUGACCAAGGUGUGGCCAGUUUCUGGGUUUCCCUGGGGGGACAGGUGAGAGGGCUGGAGGCUCCCUGGCCUGCUCCCGCCUGCCCCCUCCCUUGGGUUGCGAGGGCUGCUCCACGCGGUGGGGGUAUGUGCGUGUCUCCUUCACCCACUCCCUUCCCUUCCUGGGGUGGGGCCCUUGUUCUUGCACCGGCUACUUCCCCAGACCCUGUCUGGGUGGCGGGCUGGCGUUCUGAGGCGGGUUGGGGCUCAGGUCACCCUGCCAGCCCCUCCCCCAGCCACCCUCCCAUCAGCCCCCAAUCCUGGCUUUUCUGACUUCAUGGGGUUGAUCUGGCCAUAGCCACAGCCAGCUCCCUCCUGAGGUUGGCCCGGAGAUGGCCGCAGGGUCGGCGCUGGGCCCUCUGGGUCUGGCAGGGCUGGCUCAUGCACGCUAGGUGAGGCCUGCCUGACCAGAGUGUUCCUGGCCACGGGGUGCCAGAAGCUCGGCCGGGCUGGGGCUGGUUAUGGGUGCACAGCGCCUGAAUCCUCUGGCAGUCUCGCCCAUGUCCAGUCCCUCAGGCAGGCUCAGAGGGUCAGAGGACAGCAGCAGCCCUCCCCCACCCCCGUCCUACAUCUGAAGUCGCCGCAGAUUUCUGGGCUGAGGUAGGGGCACCCCGAGCCCAGGCCUUGGCUCUGAGGGUGUUUUCCCCUCCAGGGGCGGGGGCGCGGCCAUGCCUGUCCACCAGGUUCCUUCUAGAGUUGUUCUCCGAGGGCGGCCCUCCCGCCGAGCCCAGGCCUGCCUUCUGCUCCUGCCCGUGUCUGGGUGCACAAGCCCUCUGGCAAGGGAGAGACCGAGAAGCACAAUGCAGAGGCUUGGCCCUCAGGGCCGGGGCAGGAGCCACCAGAGUCACAGCAGGGUUGGGGGUUGCUGGCGCCCGCCUCCCUCUCAGGGUCCAGAGUCUCCCUUGUGGCUCCCCAUGCACCCCCAGCCCCAGCCCCUGCGCCUUCAUUGCUGUCCCGAUUAAAGCCUCUGUUUCGCUCCUGUC